AUACAAGUUAGUUUGGUAAGUUAACGUGUGUUUGGUACAGUUAUGAUAAGUAAAAGUAUUUUAGUCAGAGUUACAUACGUGGUAACUUGCAAGCGAGCAUGAGGUGUAUGAAACAAAACACCCGUGUUAUAACGACUGUCGUUUGUCCGACCACCGCCAUGUGAGGAUAAACAAGUUUCAUUCAUUCACAGGCGUUAAUAAACUUCAGGCCCAGAUUUUGUUAAAACGAACUUAACGAUGAAGAUAAACGUAGACGGUUUGUUGGUGUAUUUUCCUUACGAGUUCAUUUACCCCGAACAAUAUUCCUAUAUGCUGGAGUUGAAACGAACAUUGGACGCGAAAGGACACGGGGUUCUAGAGAUGCCGUCGGGCACGGGGAAAACGGCGACAUUAUUAUCGCUCAUAGUAGCGUACCAAUAUGAGUACCCGGAAAUUAUUUCGAAACUCAUAUAUUGCUCGAGGACAGUACCGGAGAUUGAAAAAGUUUUGGAAGAAUUGAGAAGGUUGAUGGAGUAUUAUGAGAAAGAAGUGGGGGAAGUCCCUAAACUGUGCGCACUCGCGUUAAGCUCGAGGAAAAAUCUUUGCAUCAACGCAAGUGUAAGGGGAGCGCGAAUUGGGAAAGAAGUUGACACCAAGUGUCAUCAGCUUACUGCUUCACAUGUAAGGAUCAAACAGAAGCAUGACGCAAGUGUUGAGUUAUGUUCUUUCUAUGAGCAGUUUGACGCAAACGGACGAGAAGAGGCUUUACCAGCAGGGGUUUAUAAUUUGGAUGAUUUGAGACGGUAUGGAAAGUUACGGAACUGGUGCCCGUAUUUCCUCGCUAGAUAUACAAUCACCCAUGCUAAUAUUGUGGUGUAUAGCUACCAUUAUUUACUGGAUCCUAAAAUUGCUGACUUAGUUUCAAAGGAGCUAUCAAAAAAUGCCGUUGUUGUUUUUGAUGAGGCACAUAAUAUUGAUAACGUGUGUAUUGACUCCAUGAGCGUCACAAUUAGCAGACGAACUUUGGAUAAAUGCUCUCAGAAUAUUCAAUCUCUGCAAAACCACCUCGAAAAAUCUCGUCAAACGGAUGAAGAUAAAUUGAGGAAUGAAUACAAGAGAUUGGUGGAGGGGUUGAGGGAGGCAAAUAUAGCACGGGAAGCAGAUGUAGUUCUUGCCAACCCUGUAAUACCUGAUGAUGUGUUGAAGGAAAGUGUUCCAGGAAAUAUACGAAACGCAGAGCAUUUUCUUGCGUUUAUGAAGAGAUUUAAUGAAUAUUUGAAAAGUCGUUUGCGUGUACGACAUGUUGUGUCCGAGACACCAUUAUCUUUUAUCCAUGACGCGUUCGAACAAGUAUGUAUCGAUAAAAAACCAUUAAGAUUCUGUUCCGAGAGAUUACGUUCAUUACUACAAACCCUUGAGCUUGCUAAUAUGUCAGAUUUCUCCAACCUUACACUCCUAGCAAACUUUGCCAGCCUUGUAAGCACUUAUAACAAAGGGUUUGUAGUUUUAAUCGAACCAUUUGAUGAUCGUACACCAACCAUAGUAAACCCCAUCCUACACUUCAGCUGCAUGGAUGCAUCAGUUGCAAUUAAACCUGUUUUCUCACGUUUCCAAAGUGUAAUAAUAACAUCAGGAACUCUAUCCCCUCUAGACAUGUACCCACGUAUUCUAGAUUUUCACCCGGUAACAAUGGCUACGUUCACUAUGACUUUAGCAAGACAAUGUCUAUGCCCAGUGGUUGUAACGCAUGGUAACGAUCAAGUUGCGAUAUCGUCAAAGUUCGAGACACGAGAAGAUGUUGCAGUUAUAAGAAACUAUGGGAAUCUACUUGUUGAAAUGACAAAGAUAGUUCCGGACGGUAUUGUUUGUUUCUUUGUGUCAUACGCUUACAUGGAGAACAUUGUGGCAAGCUGGUAUGAGCAGGGAAUACUCGAGAAUGUUCAGAAAAAUAAACUUCUGUUCAUUGAGACACAAGAUGCUGCGGAGACAAGCAUGGCUUUGGAUAAAUACCAAGAAGCUUGUGAGAAUGGUAGAGGAGCUGUGUUGUUAUCUGUAGCGAGGGGGAAAGUAUCUGAAGGUAUUGACUUCACCCACCAUCACGGUAGAGCUGUUAUAAUGUUUGGUAUUCCUUAUGUUUAUACACAAUCAAGGAUCCUAAAAGCAAGGUUGGAAUAUUUGAGGGAGAAUUACCAGAUUCGUGAAUCGGAUUUUUUAACAUUUGAUGCCAUGCGACAUGCAGCACAGUGUGUUGGGAGGGUUAUAAGGGGGAAGACGGAUUAUGGGGUGAUGGUGUUUGCGGAUAAAAGGUUCGCUCGGAGCGAUAAGAAAGGGAAACUUCCAAGAUGGAUUCAAGAGCAUCUAAGUGACGGGGUGUGUAACUUAUCCACGGAUGAGUCAGUCCAUAUUACAAAGAGGUUUCUGCGUAUCAUGGCCCAGCCUUUCUCACAGGAAGACCAACUUGGUUUGUCUUUGUUAACAAGAGAGCAACUUGAGUCCGAAGCCAUGAGAGGGAGGAUUCAACAGAUCGCGCAUCAGAUAUAAUACUUGGGCUCAAAAUGUUUUGUAUUUUUAAAAUCACUGUAAUAUGACAAAUGUGAAACAUUUUAUAGUUUCUUUAAUUAAAGGCACCAAGCUUUAUAAAACACAGGGUAGGCAGAGAUAGUUAGACACACAAUCCAAAAAAUAAAUCAAACUACUUUGACACCCAGGAAUACAAGGGCCCAUUUUAUAAUUUAGGCCUACAAAGGCUUGCUACGAUAUUUACUAAUUCUCACCGGCCUUUUUCAAUUAAUUUAUGACCAAAACUACAUUUUCACAAUUUGUUUUCAAAAUUUUUUUUACAUUCAUUGUUUUUUUUUUACAUUCAUCAAAUCACUGCCAUAAUGAGUUUCAUUUUCCUUCUUUUUCACUAAAACCUUCUUUUUCACA